AUGUCUUUCGCAUCCAAGGCCGCCCUCUUCGGCGCCUUUGCCUCAGCCGUACUGGCCCACGGCACCGUCAGCGGCAUCAUCGCCGACGGCGUCUACAGCGAGGGCUGGCAACUGAGCUACUACUACUCGAUCCAAAACGGCCAGACCUACCCCGAUACGCCCGGCUGGUACGCCGAGGACCUCGACAACGGUUUCAUCGCGCCCGAUGCCUACGCUGAGGCUGACAUCAUCUGCCACAAGAACGCGAAGAACUCCAACUCGAGCGCGACCGUAGCGGCCGGCGGUUCUGUCGACUUCCAAUGGACCGCCUGGCCCGAUUCUCACAUCGGCCCCAUCUUUACUUACGUGGCCAACUGCGGCGCCGACUGCGGCACCGUCGACAAGUCGACCCUGAAAUGGGUGAAAAUCGACGAGGCUGGUAUCGACCUCGACACCCAGACAUGGCCCACCACUGGCAUGAUCGCUAACAACAAUACCUGGACCACCACGGUUCCUUCGACUCUCGCGGCUGGCAAGUACGUCUUCCGCCACGAGAUUAUCGCUAUGCACGGUGCCGGGUCCGAGAAUGGCGCCCAGAACUAUCCUCAAUGUUCGAACAUUGAGAUUACCGGCUCUGGCACCGACAGUCCUGAAGGCACGCUGGGAACGGCUCUCUACACUUCCACCGACCCCGGUAUCCUCUUCAACCCUUAUACCACCCUGACCGAGUACACUAUCCCCGGUCCCGCUCUGUAUUCAGGCGCCACGGGCACUUCCGGCGGCGGUGCCUCCGGCAGCAGCUCGUCCGCACCUGUUGCUACCUCUUCCGUUCCCGCUGUCAGCUCGGUUUUCCCUUCUGCUACUAGCGCUCCUGCCACUGUCGCUUCCCACCAUUCAAAUUCAGGAUAUCCAGAUGCUGCGGAUCGUCCGACUCCACGAUACCAAAGACGGGCCGAGACUCAUCCCUAG